AUGGGCGAUCAAGAACUAGAUGUCAAUAAUCAUAUUUAUGAGGAACAUUAUUUGGCUAGUGAUGAUGGCAAUGGAAUUGAAGAUUUCGAUUUUUCUGAUAAUGAUACACUAUAUAAUGACGGAUUUCAAACAGGAGAAAACAGUAAUCCUAAUUUAGAGGACGCAAAUAAUGAUGAAGACGAAAAUCACUUAGUUGAUGAAGACAUAGAGGACAACGUUACUCAUGAAGAUACAGAGUUUAAUAUUGAUUUCAUUGAAGGACAACCACAUGUUACUCAUGAUUAUGUUUCUCCUGGUGGCACCUUGUAUUGGACUCCGAUUGUUUUAGACGACAUCAAACCAAAAGUUUCAUCAAAAUUUAAUUCAUAUGGUGAAGCAAAAACAAUGUAUAGAAAAUAUGCAUUAGAAUCUGGUUUUGAUGUCAGGCUUGGAAGAGUCCAAAAAAUGAAAAAUGGGAUUAUUACAAAUAGACAUCUUGUGUGCAAUCGGGAAGGUAAUCCGAAUACUAGUAACCUAGAUACUCUAGAUAUUCAGCAUAAGAAGACUCAAAGAAGGAAAGAUCUAUUUAGGAGGAAUUGUAAAGCGAAAGUUGUUUUAGAAAUAAUUCCCGGUACUCUUACAUAUGUCGUGAGUGAUUUUGUAGAGCGACAUAAUCAUGAGUUGUUUAGCAAAGGCAAUAUGCACUUAUCUCGUUCAAAAGGAAAACUUGAUUAUUCCCAGGAAAUUUUCAUUCAUAAUUUGUCAAAACAGAACAUUGGUCCUGUAAAAGCACAUAGAUUGUAUAGUGCUCUUCAGGUUGCUCCUUCGGUUCGAGGUGGAUUGGUUACUGAUUUCAAGAAUGCUAGGAGGAAUCUUAAUUGUUACAUAGGUGGGAGGGACGCAAAAUUCCUUGUUGACAAGAUGAAUGAUAGGAAGAAAAAUGUCCCAUCAUUUACUUUUGAGUAUAAAGUGUCGAACAAGAGAUUGAAUUCUUUAUUCUGGGCUGACGAAACAGCAAAGUAUAAUUACAAUUCAUUCGGAGACGUUAUAUCACUCGAUGCCACAUUCAGCAUGAAUAAGUAUGAUAUGGUUUUUGUACCGUUUACUGGCAUUGACAAUCACAAAAAAUGUGUAACAUUUGGUGCUGGUCUUUUAAGUAAAGAAGAUGGAGUUUCUUAUGAAUGGUUGCUUAGAGCUUUUUUGAAAGCUUUUAGAAAACAACCUCAAUUGGUUUUAUCUGAUCAUGUUCAGAAGGAGAUAUCAAGAUCUGAAGAUAAUUGUUUCCAAAAGAAUGUGAUAUCUUCCAACGGUGUUGACACGAUUAUUGUUAUGGAGAAAAGAAAGAACAUAACUAUUAGGCAAACAAAUGAUGUCGAUGUUGAUGACAAAGAUGAGGAAUACAAUUACGAUUGUCUUAUAAGGGAUACUGAAUACACGGUCACACACUCAACCAAAGAUGAUUCGUUCAAAUGUACUUGUAUGCAUUUUGAACAUUUAGGUAUCUUAUGCAGACACAUAUUCUGUGUGUUUAAGUUUUAUGGCAUCAAACAAAUUCCUGAAAAGUACAUUUUGAAACGUUGGCGUAGGGAUGUCAUUCCAACAGAAUUACUGAAAAGACGUUUCACUAAUUCUUUCGCCGAUUCUACUUCCGACAUGACUGCUAUUGAUAUUUUUUCAAUUGUUGACCGUUACGACUGUCCAAAUCAUGAUCUACCGACCAGAGCAGAUCAUUUCAAGCAGCUUUUAGGUGUGGUUGGUCCUGAUGUAGAAUCUGAUGUUAAUGACAUUCAGAAUCCUACAUAUAUUCGUAAUAAAGGCUGCGGUAGUCGUGGGAAAAGAUUAAAAUCUACAAAAGAGAUGAUAGAGAAGGAAAUCUCGAAACCUAAGAGAAAAUGUGCUACAUGUGAACAGAUGGUUCAUCAUGACAAAAGAAAUUGUCCUCUAAAGAACACCAAGAAAUAA